AAUGAAGCCUCAAAAUACUUGAGAGUGGGUGUUUGUUGGUUUUUGUUUUGUUUUAGUCUGCUUAUUUACUCCUUUUUCUCCACUAAACUAGGCCAAGCAAACAAGCCUGGUCAGUUCUUCUUCCUCCUUCUGACCUGGGCUGGCAUGGAGGCUUGGUGGUGCCGCUGUGAUUCCUGUUUUUUUCAGGGGAAGGCUGACACCUUAUGUUUGUACUCCAUCCCCACCCCCAAAUAAUUGGCACAUGAUACAAACAUUGGCCUGACUGCUCCAUGAGAGCAUCUCUGAAGCCCAUUUUAGGAAGACAGUUGAACACAGUGUGUUUGCUUGAGCAAGAUGAGGGCAAUUGAAGAGUGAACAGCUCCUGACUAAGCUGCCAAUUAAAAACUGGAUAUUCUGCUUCCCCCUGGAGAGGUGUGUAGGCUAAUGGAAGUGUGUUUCCUCUUAAAAUAUCUGUGGGAUUCAUUUUCUUUGGAUGGGUGACAGAGCACAGUGCUGACCUACCUGGGGGAGGUUGUACACAGACAAAUAUUGUUUGCAAAUCUUUAUAUAAUGGGAGAGUGGAGUGUUGUGGUUUCACAUUAUGCUUUUGUGGCUUCUCUCAAUUUCAGAGACUUCCUUGUUAGGGAGGGAGGGAAGGAGGAUUACUUCAGUUUUUGGCAAGCAGUUUAAGUUUUUAUUAAGUAGGUACCUGAUCCUGCCAGAGCUCAUCUUCCCUCUGUUCAGGGAUAAGUGAUAUGAACUGUACUGGACAGGUUGUUGGCACGUGUGUGUUUUGUGACCCUGUGUCACCGUGCCCCCCUCCACCCCCCUCAAUGAACUGAAUUAAAAUGGGAUUUUAGGCUUGUAGCUAGGCAGAGUGUCCACUGGCUAUGCUUAAUAAGGUAUGUGCCUGCCAGUCAAGGGGAUAGCAAACACGGCAUAGCAGCUGGUGGCGCAGCUCCCUCCGUUGUUCCUUCUUGUCCCUUCUGUGCUUGUGCCAGCAGGACACAGUACUCCACAGGACCACCCAGCCUCUUGGUGGGGAGGCUAGCCCUGCUGUCCGGAGCACGAGUGGGUCUCUGCACAGGCUCCUGAGCGAGUCACGGGGUUUUCCAGGUGGUGCAUUUAUGUUCUAGAGAGGCUGGUGCAGGUGAACCGCACCAGAAGCAGCCGAGUGCUGAAGCGUAGAGAGACAGAUAUACUGAAAUAGCUCUACCAGAGCAGACAGCUGGCCUGCUUCAUUUCAGCAACGGUACUUGGCAGCAAGGUCUGCUUGGAGCCAAAUCUUGUCUAUGUGUUUGUCACUCUGUCUCUUUUAAUACACUGCCCUGACUUGCUUGCUGUGAAGGGAGUAUGCAUCUGGAGAUCAAAGUUGCUCUUAACUUCAUCAUCUCAUACCUGUACAACAAGCUUCCUCGGAGGCGGGCAGACCUGUUUGGUGAGGAGCUAGAGCGCCUGCUGAAGAAGAAAUAUGAGGGUCACUGGUACCCAGAGAAGCCUCUGAAGGGAUCUGGCUAUCGCUGUGUCCAUAUAGGGGAGACUGUGGAUCCGGUGGUGGAGCUGGCGGCCAAGCGGAGUGGGCUGGCCGUGGAGGAUGUGCGUGCCAAUGUGCCAGAAGAGCUGAGUGUCUGGAUCGAUCCUUUUGAGGUUUCCUACCAGAUUGGUGAGAAGGGCUCCGUUAAGGUCUUGUACCUGGAUGACAGCGAGGGCUGCAGCGCAGCAGAGCUGGACAAAGAAAUCAAGAGCAGCUUCAACCCCGAUGCCCAGGUGUUCGUCCCCAUUGGCAGCCAGGACAACUCGCUGUCCAACUCUCCAUCCCCCUCCUUUGGCCAGUCGCCUAGCCCCACCUUCAUCCCUCGCUCUGCCCAGCCCAUCACUUUCACCACUGCCACGUUUGCUGCCACAAAGUUCGGCUCUACCAAGAUGAAGAAGGGUGGAGGAGCUGGAGGAGGCGGUGGCGGAGCAGGUGCUGCGCAGCAGCCGAGGAUGGUCAGGUCUCCCACUAACAACCUGCUGAAGCACAAGGGCCUCUCUCUGUCUAUGCACUCUCUGAACUUCAUCGGGAGCGCUGGGAGCCAAGCCCCGCAGUCGCAGCUCUCCCCCAAUGCCAAGGAGUUCGUUUACAGCGGUGGGUCACCAGGAGCCAGUAGCCUGUUCUUCGAUGGUGUUGCCAGUGAGAGCCAGGCUAGCAACAUCCCACCGGCAUCGCAGUUCAACACUGGUACCGGUGGUACCUUUGAUAUGGCUCAGGUCUUCGGUGGCAGCACCAACAGCCUCUUUUUGGAGAAGUCUCCCUUUGUGGAAGGACUCAGCUACAACCUGAAUGCCAUGCAGUAUCCCAGCCAGUCGUUCCAGCCUGUUGUCCUGGCCAACUGAACACAAGGAAGGAGAGUAUUUGGGGUGGGGAGGGAGGGGGGUGGGAAACAAGAACUAAAAAAAAAAAAGAGGGAGAGAAAAGAAAAAUAGAAAUAUACAGAAAAUAUUCAAAUCUUAUAAAUAUAGCUUCUUGGAAAAAGAGAGAGCCCAGUGUUGUUGCGCUGUGCUGGCCACGCUUCUGAAGCACUGACUUGUUUUUUAACUCAGUCCCUGUGCUUUUUUCCUACUAACUUUUUUACUCCUUUAAUGAGUCUUGGGUUUUUUGGUUUGUGUUCACCUUUCCCCUGCCCCACCCCAGGAAUGGUGCAAACAUAGGUCAUGAUGCUCCUGUCUCCCUGCACCCUCCCCAGCACUGGACACUUGAUUCUUCUACCUGGGGGUAGAGAUGGCUUUGUUCUGGGCUGUGUCCCCAGACACCUACUGCCUUGCUGGAGGCUGGGGGAGGGACAGGGAGAGGAUGAGUCAGUGUUGGCGGAGGUGCAUGCUUUUCUUGUGUGCUAGCCAGAAAUGGGUGAGUGGGCUUGCUUUUCUGUUACGGCUCUGCGUUCUGAGUGUAGACGGAGAGCAUCUACUGUGCCCACAGGCUAGAACUGCUGUGCUGUUGUUACUCGAAGCUCUCCAGACCAGGCUGGCAUCAGCUGUUCUGUUUGUGUGCUGAAAAAGCACUAACUCUUCUUUACUGUCUCCCAGCAAAUAGCAGGGAGGCCAGAGCAUUACUGUGAAAUGGCUUCUUCCUGCUCCCUUCCUCAUCUGCACUUCCAGCCAUGGAGGGAAGCUGCAGAAGAACGGCACUUUGAACUAAGUGACUGGUUAUAAUCCCCUUCUGCGUGUGAGCAAAGGGGCCUUUUCAUGGCCUCUUCGGGCCAGCUGGUUGGUUCAGAUGACAACCCUGUGGUGUAAAAACACUACACAUGUCCCUGCUGUGUGUGGGAGGUGGUGCUGAGCCAGGCAGCUGCACUUGGAUCCUGCCCCCACUUUGUGUACUUUCUCCCCACCAGCAAGGGCAGCAUCCACUGACGGUCACUUGGGGCAAUCUCCUAGGUCUGUGUCCUCAUUCCCUGCUGUGAAUUAAUCUUUUUAAUCUUUGAGAGGGAAUUCCUUUCUUUUUAGUUAGAGAGGCAGCACUGCUUUUGGAGAAGAGAAAGGACUAUAUUAUUGAAGCUGCUCUCUUGAAUGAUAGCCUAAAGGUUUGUGCUUUCAGUUAGGAAUAAAUCUGACUGAAUCCCCUCCUCAGCCCUUCUGGAGGAGUGGGAGGAGAUGGCUGAUCUGGUGCAGAAGGGAAGCGCCUAGUGUAAAUUCGUCAUUCCAGCCAGAUCAUGUCGGUGCAGACAGUGGCAGGCUUACUGCAGAGCAGGGAUGGACGCUCUGAAGCUGAGCGCGUGUCCCCACGUGUGAACCUACAGCAAGAGGGCCAGAAUCUGGCAGCGCCCCUGCAGCUUUUCCCAAGGCCGAUGCGCUGCAGCGGGGCAGUAAUGGCUUUUCAGCUAGGUCACUUCUGUGCCAGGGAGCCCGAAUCCCACCUUCAGGGGGAGGUGUGGAGGGCCUCUUUUUGCCAGGCAGGGCUGGUGGCUCCCUAGGUGGGAAGGAGGUCUCCUUGGAGGCUGUUGUGAGAGUAAAGAAGAGUGCAAAGAGAAAUGAGACGGAGAUGAGGCUCCAGGUAGUUUUGUUUCCAAAAAAAAAAAAAAAAUCUUUCUGCUGCCUCCCAGGUGUGUGGGUUUGGUUUUCUUUUAAGCAUGUCUCUGGAGCACCUUCUGAAACCUGCUUCUGCUGUAGCUGUUGAGAACUAGUAAGCUCUUUCCAGAUGUCCCUGUUUCAGGGGAGAUGGGCUUGAACUCAUGCUUUUCCCUCUGCCUUCCCUCAAGCUGAGAUAGAGGCACUCCAGCCCUCUUGUACUUGUGUUGCCAGUGAGCCUUUGCAGGGGAGAUGGGAUGUCCCAGGGAGACUGCCACUACCCAUAUCUCAUUAGGGAGAAUUUCCAGCACACCCCUUUCCCUCGCUGGGUGACUGGAAGAGGAAUGGUCCCAACCUUGUGCCCAGCCUCCGUUCCCAAGCAGGCUGCUUGCUGCUGUUAAGCUAUGACCAACACGGUGGGUGGGUGAGGAGAGUGGAGCCCAGGUCACUUCCCUCGAACUGGCAUCUGCAGCCUCAACCCUGCAGGUUUCCAGGCUAGGACAAGCUGCCCAGGAAUGGCUGAGCUGAUUUUUUCUUUUCUUUUUUUCCUCUCUCAUUAACCCCCUUACCAGUGUUACCACUGCCACCCCAUCCUUCCUCCCCAGGAGUAUGCUGCUGACGGCCAGCCAGCUUGCCACACUGGCCCGAGGAGCGCUCAGCCCGCAAUCAUGGGGUCCCAGCUGGCAUCCUGGCUCAGCCGCCUCCGUUUCUUCCACUGUUCCCACAUCUUCUGGCAAAGCCUUCUGUGAACCGCUGCCAUGGGACUGCGUGCCCUCCUCAGGCGUAGGAAGGGAGGGGAGAGGUGGGAUGCCCCCAACCACCUGCUUAUGUGUGUGAAGCUUUGAUGCCGCUUUGCCCUGCCACACGUAUUAUACCUGCUUUAAAAAUAGUGUGUGUGGAAGGAGGAAAAGGGGAGGGACCAACCUCUUUGUAUCUUAAAGGAAAAAAGCGUGCUUCAGAAACGUUCCUCCAGCAUCAGGCAGCAAUGGAAACUAACGGCCUUUUAGGGUCUUUUCUAGUCUUGGAUGUAGGCGUUCAGCUUCAAUUUUAUUUUUUAAAACCUGCACUAAUUUACCUUGUUUCUUAGGAAGAGAAGAGAGAAUUUUUUUUUAACUUUUAUUUUUUAUGGGUUUGUGUUCUUUUUGUUGAUGUCCGUUUGUAUUGAAUAAUUUGCUACAUUUGUAAAAUGUAAGAGGUAUAUAUAAUAUAUGUAUAUUUCUAACGUAAAAAAAUUGUAAUUUUUUUCUUUUCAAGAUUUUUUCUUAAAAAGAGGAGAGAAAAAUAUUUUUUCAGGAAAAAAACUUUAAAAAAAAAAGAAGCAGUGAAGAUUCCUUUCUCCCCACUCAGCCUCCCUCCUUUCCCUCCCAGCCCUCUCUGAGGAGUGAAUCGACAGUCGUCUUGUGGAGAGAAUGAGUGAAAGAGGACAGAAGUCUGUUUGUCUUUGAGUGGAGGGUUUCUGUGUGUGCUCUGCUUGGGUUUCUUUCCAAGAAGGGGGCUACUGAGAGUGGGAACCGGGGGGUUGCUGUCUUUUUUCUUUCUUUUUUUUCUUUAGCGAAGGAGGAAUACAAUCAGAGUUUUGUAUUCAGAAUGUUGUGCAAUAUUUUGGAACGGGACAUUGGUGUGUCUAGAGAUUUAGUUAAAAACAAAAACAAAAAGGUUGAUCAAAUCUGUACAGUUUCUAUUGUUCCAGAUUUUUUUAAGUUUGUAUUAAAAGCAUGAUAUAAUAA